UCUAUUGGAAAAUAUUCCUUCUACAUGGUAUCAGAGCCCUAAUUGGCUUCUGUCUUCUCCCUUUCUCUCUCACAAUCGGAAAUCCCUUCCCCCAUCCCUACUGCCAAUCGGCUUCUUCCCUAGGCAACCAUGGCCGACAAAAAUCCUUCCUCCGGCAAGGCUAUUUCAACCUCCGACACCUCUUCCUCCAACAACUCUCCUCACCUCGCCUUCACAACUAUAUCAAAUAUCAAACUUCACAUCCCCGUACAAUUGAGUUUGUCGGAGCCAAAUUACAAAAAGUGGAGUCGCUUGUUUCGUCUCUUGAUUCUCCGCUUCAAUCUCAAAGGCUUCAUCGACGGCACCACCAUCGCCUCUUCUGCAGAUGACGCCGAAUGGUACCAAUUUGAUGCACUCAUUCAAGGGUGGAUCCUCUCCACCAUUACGGAUGAGGUUUCUGAUCUCGUUCUCGCCAACAAUCUCUCCGCUCAUGCACUAUGGAAGGCCAUCUACAAUCUCUUCCACGACAACAAGCACGCCCGGGCGAUGCAACUGGAACAUCGCUUCCGCACCACCGUCAAGGGCAACCUAUCUAUCAACGAAUAUUGUCGUCUUCUCAAGAACCUCUCCGAAUACCUUGAUGAUGUUGACGCUCCGGUGACCGAGCAUGCACUCGUUCUACAGGUUCUCCAGGGACUUCCACAUGACAUCCGUGGCCAAGUCCAAUUUCUCCAGUACUAGAAUCCUCUCCCCACCUUUCUGGAAGUUCGGUCUGCCCUCCUCCUCGUCGAACAGCAGCAAUCUGACUCU